AUGCUGUGUGUGUGUGUGUGUGUGUGUGUGUGUGUGUGUGUGUGUGUGUGUGUGUGUGUGUGUGUGUGUGUGUGUGUCUGUGUGUGUGUGUGUGUGUGUGUGUGUGCGCGUGUGUGUGUGUGUGUGUGUGUGUGUGUGUGUGUGUGUGUGUGUGUGUGUGUGUGUGUGUGUGUGUGUGUGUGUGUGUGUGUGUGUGUGUGCGCGCGCGUGUGCGUGCUGGUGUCUGUUUGUGUGUGUGUUCCUUUGUUUCUCCCUCUCACUGCCGGCGUGUGUGUGUGUGUGUGUGUGUGUGUGUGUGUGUGUGUGUGUGUGUGUGUGUGUGUCUGUGUGUGUGUGUGUGUGUGUGUGUGUGUGUGUGUGUGUGUGUGUCUGUGUGUGUGUGUGUGUGUGUGUGUGUGUGUGUGUGUGUGUGUCUGUCUGUCUUGUGUGCGUGUGUGUGUGUGUGUGUGUGUGUGUGUGUGUGUGUGUGUGUGUGUGUGUGUGUGUGUGUGUGUGUGUGUGUGUGUGUGUGUGUGCGUGCGUGCGUGCGUGCGUGCUGCAGUGUGUGUGUGUGUGUGUGUGUGUGUGUGUGUGUGUGUGUGUGUGUGUGUGUGUGUGUGUGUGUGUGUGUGUGUGUGUGUGUCUCUCAACGCUCCUGCCCGGCACGCCGAGAGAAAUUUCAUCUGGAAUGAAAAGCCUCUCACCCUGACGCGGCGCGACUGCACUGUGGCAGCAGCACUCACCCCUGAGCUGCGGUGUGGUGCGGUGCGGUGUGGUGAUGGGCAGGCGGAGUUCAUUAUGGCAAGACAACAACGCUGUGGUAAAUAG